CUUGGCCAAUUUCACACUGCGCGUUGUGUUUGCAUUUUCAAGUAGUUGUUGAUUUACCGUGAAGAUACAUUAUCCGCAAGAUACACACACAUAACUAAAGAAGUACAAGUGUUGCUUUCUCCUUAAAACAUUUCAAUCAGCGUCCGCAUCGAAGCGUACAAAUAAAAAUGCAAAAUUCCUAAAGUGCAAAAGUGUUGACAAGUGCAUGCCUAAAGAUACAUAUACUUAUAUAGUAUAGUAUUUGUAUUCCAAACUCUGAGCUCUCGGCAGUGAAUUCUGUUCAGCAUAAACAAUAGAUACAGCAGACAAAAUGCUCGUGGGCUCACAUCCCUAUCUCUGCAAUGGUGUGUUGCCACCUGUGCCUGCCGCGGCGGCACCAAGCACAACAACAACAACGACAGCGAGCAAAAGUGCCGCCGGCUCUGCUACGGAUUUCUCGAUAGCAGCCAUUAUGGCGCGCGAAGAUGCCUCCAGUCGGGAGUCGUCGCUGCGCAGUGCAAGCCCAAUUUCAGUUGAGGACGAGGUUGACGUUGAUGUCGUUGACUGCAGUGAUGUUGAGGAGCCGCCAGCCAAGGCGCGUCGUCUGAACCACCAUCACCACCACCAGCACCACCAUCAUAACAACAACAACAGCAUUCACAAUAACAACAGCCCGGCACACAUCAACUCCAAUUCCACCAACAGCAGCAGCAACAACAACAACAACAACCUUAGCAGCAAUCACCACAGUGGCGGCAAUCACAAAAGUCGCAGCGCCGGCGCCGAAUCCCAACUAAACACAAGCUCCACCAGCAGCCAAGGACGCUGCUCGACGCCACCGCAGUCCCCGGGCACCGAGGACAGUGAAGAGCGCUUGACACCCGAACCGGUGCAGAAGGCACCAAAAAUUGUCGGUUCCUGUAAUUGUGAUGAUCUCAAGCCGGUGCAGUGUCAUUUGGAGACCAAAGAGCUGUGGGAUCGUUUUCACGAGCUGGGCACUGAGAUGAUAAUAACAAAAACUGGCAGACGCAUGUUUCCCACUGUGCGCGUGAGCUUCUCGGGUCCGUUGCGCCAGAUCCAGCCAGCCGAUCGGUAUGCAGUGUUGUUGGAUAUAAUACCGAUGGACUCGAAACGCUAUCGCUAUGCAUACCAUCGCUCGGCCUGGCUGGUGGCGGGAAAAUCCGAUCCGCCACCCCCCUCACGCAUUUACGCGCAUCCGGACAGCCCCUUCAGCUGCGAGGCGUUGCGCAAACAAGUUAUUUCGUUCGAGAAGGUGAAGCUGACAAAUAACGAAAUGGAUAAGAACGGACAGAUCGUUCUCAAUUCCAUGCACCGCUAUCAGCCGCGCAUUCAUUUGGUGCGCUUGGCGCAUGGCCAGAGCAUACCCACCAAUCCGAAGGAGCUGCAGGAACUCGACCACAAGACCUAUGUGUUCUCUGAGACCGUCUUCACCGCCGUCACCGCUUACCAAAAUCAGCUGAUAACCAAAUUGAAAAUCGACUCGAAUCCCUUCGCCAAAGGCUUUCGCGACUCCUCGCGCCUCACUGAUUUCGAUCGCGAUCCCAUGGAGGCGCUGCUGCUCGAGCAACAACUGCGCUCGCCGCUCCGCCUCUUUCCCGAUCCGCUGAUGCAACAGUUCGCCGCCCAGCAGGGAGCACCCGAUCCCGCGUCGAUGGCCCUCUUCGAGAAGGCGCGUCAGCAUCUGCAAAUGUUUGGCGGCAACUCGCCGUACGCGCAGCUGAUGAUGCCACAAAUGUAUCAGGCAGCGGCCGCCGCCGCCGGUCCCCCACCCCCGCCACCGGGUCUGGGCGCCUUCCACAUGUUCCAACAGCAAUGGCCACAGCUGACCGCCGGCUUCCUGGCCAGCGCCAAUCAGCAAGCAGCCGCUGCCCAAGCCGCCGCCCAGGCGCAGGCUCAGGCGCAAGCGGCUGCUGCAGCCGCCGCCGCCGCUGCGGCCAAUCGCACGCCACCACCACCGCCCACUGCGUCGACGCCGUCCUCCACAUCGUCAGGUUCACCCUCCCCCGACAUGCGGCCGCGCCAGUUCCAACGCUUCAGUCCAUACCAGCUGCCGCUGCAGACGCAAGCGGCGCCGCCGACCGCAACGACAUCUGCGUCCUCUCCCGCGGGGCAUGCCCCACCCCCCCGCAGUCCAGCUAAUUAA